GGGGAAACCUGCACACUGUUUUUCAGUAAGCAGCAGACAAGAUGAAUUUUUCAAAGGCUCAAAAACAAUCUGAAAGGUUUAGAAUCGCUUUGUUUGGAAAGAAGACUGAUUUAAUGAACAAGAUUGAAGAUAGAAUCCUUGAAGGAGCCAGUAAGUCAAUGGAAAUUUCAAACCUUAAACUGAGAGAAAACGACUCGUUCAGGAUCGUCAGUGCUCAGAAUUCCUUUGAAUGUCAAGACCAGAUGAUUGACUUCAUGGCACUUUUAUAUCCUGGGCCUCAUCAGUUCAUUUUGGCAAUAGAGUCAGAAAACGCACAAGAAGACAACGUUGUGGAACAAAAUUCUAAACUUCAAAAGCUCUUUGGAGAUGAUGUCACAAAAAAUGUAGUUAUUGUUUCAGAAAACCAAGAAAGCCACAGUUCACUCGAGCGUAUGAAAGAGAUACUCCAUGUGCAGAUGACAAUAGUGGGUACCAAUCUUGCCUCUGAAUUGAAGCAGUGGUCCUCAGACCAUCAGCCAUUCCAAUUCAACUAUGAAAACUGCAGCAAAGACGUGACAAAAAGGAAAAAAGAGUUGGAGAGCAAAAGAAAUAGAGUCUUCCCUCAGAAAAACCCUCAGACUACAGGUGCUCAGAGUUCUUCAGAAACUGUGAGCUACAUUGUUCUGUUGGGAAAAGCAGGGACUGGAAAGAGCGCAUCUGCAAACACCAUCCUGGCUGCAGGGAAUUCCCACAAUUCAGUCUUUCCAACCCUGGUCAUUGGGAACUCACAGCAGGAUUCAAACCAACCUUUUGCAUCCUACCCAAGCUCCACACCAGUCACCACCAAAUGUGAGGUCAAAAAGAUGAAGGUGGGGGCACCAUUUGUAGUUGUUGACACCCCAGACUUUUUUUACGAAGAUGACCAUGUGCUGGACGAGCAGCUGGAGGAGUGCAAGAAGUACUGUCAGCCAGGGCGGUGUGUGGUGUUACUUGUAGUACAGCUGGGCCGGUUCACUGAGGGUGAGAGUGAAAUAUUAGAGAAGCUGGAGGAACAUCUCGGCUGGGAAAUCAGGGGUCGCACAAUUGUCUUGUUUACGCACGGAGAAGACCUGAAUGUUGAUGUGGAUAGGUUCAUAGGUGAGCGGAGUCACCUCAAGCGCAUCGUGCAGGCUUGUGGCGGUCGAUACCAUGUAUUCAAGAACACCACCAAAAAUUCGAAACAGGUCAUCGAACUCAUCAAGAAAUUUCCACACUUGUUUCCAAACAUCCAAGAAAAACACCAGUCCUCCCAGUGCAGUCUGAGUUAGCUUUACACCAAAGACCCAAAGAAGUUAUAGCAAAUAUAAUCCUUUGAUGCACUAUGAACUUAGUGUUAUUGUAUGUAUUUAUCUUAAUGUCUCUUUUGUUUUAAUAUUUCUAAUCUUUAAGUUUCAUGCAUACUUAUUUGUCUUAUUUCCUUUGAAUUAUCAGAAUAUGUUUCACCUAACAAAACAGAGCAUUUUAAGGUCUUUAUUCAUUGGAAAAGUCAUUUUAAAGGUCUGGUGUAUCAGGGGGCGCAUUAAGAUACAACACUGAUGGGUUAUGGUCAUUUUUAUAUCUAUGCAAAGCAAA